AUGGAGGUCUGUCUCUGGUCAAAGCGAGAGGAUGUGGAUGCUAGUGUGAUGAACAGGAAACCCAGAGACUGCGGUGAAGAUUGCACUGUGAAGACAGAUAUGGCUGUUGAUACUCAUCCAUAUUCAUCAGGUCAACAGGCACACUGCUACAGGAGCAGGGUGAGGUGGUUACAAUGACAUGUCACAUACAGCUAGAGCUGACAUUAUCAAACGCAAAAGUGAGUUAUACUUUCUCUCCUACUGUGAGUGUACUGUACUGUACAAACUACAAUUUAAAGCACUGGAAACAACAGCCACAUUUCCCCUUAUCUGGAGUAUGUUCAUAGUGGUCUGUGAUUACAGUAUGUGCAUUAGUCUUAAAGUUUGUCUGUGUAUCUUCUGCUUGAGGGUUUGAAUUCAUUCACAGCUAUUUUAGUGGCUGUGAUAUGUCUCUGUCUGUGAUUUGGAGGGUCUGUAGACCUUGAGCAGCAGAUAAUACCACAGCACACUGUCAGAGGAGAAAACCCCCAACUGUUUCCUCCCACCCCGCCCGUGGCUAACAUGUGAGUGUGUGCGUGCGCCAGCGUGUAUGCGUGUGUGUACAUGCAACAGUUGAAAGCAGCUUGUUGUCUGUUCAGUAGGCUCGUCCCGACACUGCUUUGGCAGUUAGCCUUGCUACGAUAGGCAGUCAUACCUUCUCUUCAACAACUUUGGACUAUUUUAGGUCUAUUUCACUGUAGACUGUACCUUUCAUCUACCUGCCUCCCAGUCACUCGCUCAGGUGAGUUGUAACUUGCAACUGCUACUCCUCUACAACAAGAAUCUGUGUAACUUUUGUAGUCUGAAAUAUUGUGAGUACUACAUCCACUUUACAGCUGCAGUUUGCCACCAUUGUCCACCAUAACACAGUAAUUCACAAGUCUGAAUCCAAACAAAAUUAAUGGCUAUUGUAAAACACGCAUGUAUACAGUAUCUUCAGAUUUAUGUGUCGUUGGGGAGAGGAUGUGUUUUGUCCGCUGUUCUGUGUGUAAUUUAUUGGGCUAUAGUCUCUAUAGGUUGUUGGCUGCCUCACUCAGUUUAAUUCCUGAGGGAUCCGGAUGCAUCUAUUUUAUGUUGUUGUUUGAGUGACUUGUUCUGUGGCUACAGUUGGACUCUUGUUAGAGUCUGACUUAUUGUGUGAGGUGGAGUUGACACUCAUGUUGAUGCUGCUGAAGCAUGGCAUCCACGACUCACCAAACAUGCCACUACUGUUGACUAGAAUCAGUUGAAGUUACAUUUGUCUGGUGUAGUUUGAGUUCAGUACAGUUUGAUAUAACCAGCUGAAAUUCAGUGAACAGUCGUGAUAUCUACUCUUCGAUCGGCAGCUACAGUGACGAGUGAGAUGGAAAAAAUGAAUCAUAAUGUUUCUCAGCAUGGAACUCUCCUAUUUACAAUGUUCCAUGCUGACACUGAUCUCUCUCCAUCAGGGUCAGAGUUCAAUCCGAGCCACAGCAACAUGUCCGCCCCACCACAUCCGCACCCCCCUGCUAAGGGGGCAUCAAAUGGCGCUGGCGACUUCAGCUACGUGGGUAUCGACGCCAUCCUGGAGCAGAUGAGGAGGAAGGCCAUGAAACAGGGCUUUGAGCUCAACAUCAUGAUUGUCGGUGAGUGGUGUUGAACAGUGAACACACACAAGCAAAACACACACACAUGCAACACACACCAUUUUGAGAUCAUGGUAGUGGAUAAGUGGUGUUGAACCCACCCUUGAACACACACAUCCUCAACAUCACAUCUGUUACAUCUACCCAUCGCCAGAGAGAGAGAGACACUUUCUUUUCUGUACACUGCAUUUAAAUGUUUUCAAAGCCAAACUGUCAUUGGGAAAUGAGCCUGGAGUGAGUGCUUGUUCUUCCAGGACUAACUAGCGUGAAACCCCAUUUGGGAACCCUUACCCCGAGAUUGGUACACACUACACAUAGUGGCAUGCAUCCUUCAGUAGAUAAAAGAAAGCUGUCAGGCAGAGAGAUGGUGGAGUAAUGAUGCCUAUUAAUGUUGACCAGCUCUAGCACACUCUACUCUGUCCUCAGCUCACCACAGCUCGCGUGCGUGCGGCUCAGUCACCAGAUCUCAACCCAAUUGAACACUUAUGGGAGAUCCUGGAGCGGCGCCUGAGACAGCGUUUUCCACCACUAUCAACAAAACACCAAAUGAUGGAAUUUCUCGUGGAAGAAUGGUGUCGCAUCCCUCCAAAUAGAGUUCCAGACACUUGUAGAAUCUAUGCCAAGGUGCAUUGAAGCUGUUCUGGCUCGUGGUGGCCCAACACCCUAUUAAAUACACUUUAUGUUGGUGUUUCCUUUAUUUUGGCAGUUACCUGUACUUUACCACGGUGAGAAGUGAUUAAAGCUACAAAGAGCAUGUUGAAAGACCUCGAGUCUCUCUUCCCAGCUUAGAUGUCUCUGUGUAUUUGUGUUUGCGUGGCAGUCAGUGGGGAUGGUGGUAAAGCGCACACACACACACACACACACACACACGGUGUGUUUGUAUAUGAGCCCUGCGGGACUGUGUUUUGUAUACAUACUAGAUGUCAUAGUGGUUCUGAGGAAAUCCUAAACCAUUGGAAUGUUGUUUAAAAUAAGGGUGGCAUCUCAUGGCACCAAGUCAAUGAAGACCUAUCUGGGCAAGGUGAAAAAGUAUUAAUUUCUGUCAUUGCUAAUAAUCUCUGACUAGGCUAUAUCUUUAUCUUGUUGGCACACCGUCACUGAUAAGCAUCCCAAUCCUCAUAGUUCUUUUUGGAAAAGGGCAGCAUUCAGUCAGCGCUACAUCAGAGACGUCAGAAACGUGUGCCCACUUGAAUUGGAGUUGUAACGUUGGAGAAAGGCAGACCUGUAGUGAAUGUGAUAGUUGUGUUCACAAGCCCAGGGUAUGUUGUGCAAUUGUGCACAUACAUGUUAUAGUGGAUAUUGGAAUCACAUGAUAAAUUCCAGGUUAGAAUAGAGAGGGUUAUUGCUUGUUGACGCGUCCCUAUCUGUUCAUAUGAUCUGUCCAUAUACAUGAGCAGUAUGAUUAUGAAUCAAGUCCUGAUGAUUAAGAUAAAGAAGACAUUUUAUAAGGUUGUCCUUUUACAGGGAUAUAGUUGAUCCAAUGACCUACAGUAUACAGGGUAGCACUUGAUGUGAAGUCAUUUUACUACUGUACAAAUGCCUAACUCUGAUUGGUUUUGAAGUGGCCAUUUUGUCUAUCCUCUAUGACAGUUUUUCCAAAACUCUGUCCUGCCCACCCCCCAGGUGCACAGCUGAUUCAAAUAACCAACUCAUCAUCCAUCUUUGAUUAUUUGAAUCAGCUGUGAUGUGCUAGGGCAAAAACCAAAACGUGCACCCAUGGGGAGCCCCAGGACAGAGUUUGGUAAACCCUGCUCUUCUAUGACACAGCAGCAGUACUCUCUGUCCCUCUCUAAAGGCAUUGUGUGAAAGGUCAGUGGAGAUGUAAUCAGACUCCAAUCUCGUAAGGCCUCUCUAUGAGAUGUAUUACCCUAAUCCCAGCCCUAAAGCCUCUUAGACCGCAGCAGUGUCCCCUAUGCAUAAAGGCUAAUUAAGCUGGCACGGCUGGGCUGCCGAUGCCCACUAUCAGGCCUGCUGCUGAUGGAUGCCUAUGGGGAGGUAGAGGAAUAAAUCAAAUGUAUUGUAUAUAAGCAGUUGUCACAAAGUGCUUAUACAGAACCCAGCCUAAAACCCCAAGCAGCAAGCAAUGCAGAUGUAGAAGCACAGUGCCUAGGAAAGACUCCCUAGAAAGGCAGGAACCUAGGAAGAAACCUAGAGAGGAACCAGGCUCUGAGGGGUGGCCAGUCCUCUUCUGGGUCUUGGUGAGGAGUGUGUUGCCGGUCCACCUGUCCUCUGUAGCCCCACAGCAGGCUGGAAUGACCCUACAGCAGGCUGGAAUGACCCUACAGCAGGCUGGAAUGACCCUACAGCAGGCUAGAAUGACCCUACAGCAGGCUAGAAUGAACUUACAGCAGGCUGGAAUGACCCUAUUGUCAUAGUCAGUGAGUGCAUGAGGACACACUCUUUGCCUAUCUCGAUCUUUCACAUUACUUGUGUGUAGGGUCUCUGUUCAGAGUCAGGAAAGCUAUUGUACAUUCACAACAGGUUAGAAGAGCCUCUUGGUUGAAGAAAAGCCCCUCUGUUUUUUGUGUGUGUGUCCAAUACAUGUGUGUGUCCAGACCUAUAGUUCACCCCCCUGUGUUUGUCCCUAACAGGUCAGAGUGGGCUGGGGAAGUCGACCCUGAUGAACACCCUGUUCAAGUCUAAGGUCAGCAGGAAGUCUGUGGUAUCCACCCCCGAGGAGAGGAUCCCCAAGACCAUCGAGAUCAAGUCCAUCAGUCACGGUAACACACACACACACACAGAGAUCUGUGGUAUGCAGUAUACAUUAACAAUGUAAUACAUGUCAUGGAUUUCUCCUGUCUCUCUGUCUAGACAUCGAAGAGAAGGGCGUGAGGAUGAAACUAACGGUAAUCGACACUCCCGGCUUUGGGGACCACAUCAACAACGAGAACUGGUGAGUUGUAGUUCUUUUAUCCCUACCACAGAGUGAAUGUCUAUGUGUCGUUGCCUGUCUGUGAACUCCAUUUCCCAUAUGCCCCCCAACAGCUGGCAGCCAAUCAUGAAGUUCAUCAACGACCAGUAUGAGCAGUACCUGCAGGAAGAGAUCAACAUCAACAGGAAGAAGAGGAUCCCAGACUCACGGGUUCACUGCUGCAUGUACUUCAUACCACCUACUGGACACUGGUGAGUUAUGGACACACACACUCACACACACACACAAGCACGUCUGGGACUUCACCACUUCCUCUAGUCUGACCACCACCCUUUUUCUUUCGACCACAUGUAGAAGUCAUCAUGUCCACAGAGACACGGAGGUAUCGCUUUGGGAAUCAGGUUUCACAAAGACUCCUUUGACUUUAGGAACUAGAGUACCCACUGUCUGGGAAAACUAGUGUACCCAAUCCUAUAGACUGUGAAAGCAAGCAGGGUGUGCCAGGGAGACUAAGAUGAUGUACAACAAAGCAUUUAGGAGACAUUUGUGUAUGUGACCAGGAACCGCGACUUGGCAAAUUAGAGAAUUACUUCAUAUUAACCAACCGAAAUAUAGACAUCAAAAUCCUAGACAUUCAUGCAAAGUUAAAAGCGUUUAUUCUAAUAGAUGGGGAAAUCGAUAAGUGACUUCAGUAUGUCUCAGAGCAUACAAGAUUGUGUCAACGUCCUGCAGUCUUCUACACAUGUAUACAUUACUAGCAGAAUUGUAUUAAACACCCAGAUGGUGGCCAUUUGUUUAAUUUUCAUGACAUUUGCAAAGACACAUUCUCAUGUCUUAAUAAUACCAACGACAUUGCUCCCUGCCGCUCUGCUAGUGAUUUAGCAAAUGUUCCCUUUACUCACGUCUGCAGUUUGUUAGAUUCAUUUAACAGGGAUGAAAGUGUCCUUGUGUGCCCCCUGGGUGGACUUGCAUGCACACACACACCCCGUCUGAGCAAAUAUCAUGACUCCAUCUACUGGCUCAAAAUUGUCUCUUCCAUCCUCCCACAUAAUUUCCUUGACCUGUAGCUGAACAGUUGUCCACUAGUGAUUCUCUGGAGUGUAUUGAGUGUGUGUAUCCCACUGUUUGACACACUCCGUCACCUCCUCCUUAUGACACCACAGCUGCAUAUUGGGGGGGUUGUUGUAUCCGCCUAUGUGGCAGCUGUACAGUCAGUGCAUUGUCCAGACCCUCUUUCGCAUGAGCCAAGGCUUUUUCCCUCGUUCUCUCUCGUCACAAAAGCUAAAAUGCCUCUUUUCCCCUGCCAUCCCCUCCCUCUCUGCCAGUCCCCCUAAAACCCCCCUUAAACAGGCUCUCUUGGAAGCUUCCAAGCACCUGUCCCCUCUAGGGCCCUCUUAAUCAGGCCUGGAAACGGGGGGAGCAGGAAGUAGGAUCUUCUUUACUGCCAACAGGAGACUUCAGAGCAGGAGUACAAAGAGGAAGUCCUACUCCUCCACUCACCACCACUCACUGUGGGGCUGAAGCUACAACCUGGCACUGGGCUAGAGAACACAAGCAACACACAUAGGGAUGUAUAAAACAUACACACAGUCAGCAAAAGCAGAUGGGACGACACGGGAUGGGGGAGAGACACUAAUGUGUUCAGUAGCCAAUGCUCAUCUACAGGACAAUCUAAGGAUGAAACCCUGGUGUCAUGGUGUUCUUACAGCACUAUAGAUCUUACUGUGGGAUGAACCUGGCUCAUGGUCUAGACUCGAAAGUUCUGGAACAAUUCUCCCAAACUGUCCCAAAACCAAAAGACUCCAACUCCCAUUCUUCUUUCCUCUUCAUUGCUCUUACAAAUGACUUCUCCUCUAUGGUUGAGGUCUGCAACAAGGGCCUGUAACCAAUUACUAACACACAAUGCCAAAGCCAUGGUUGUGUCCCAAAUUACACCCUAUUACCAAUUUAGUCCACAAGUUUUGAGCAGGGCCCCUAUGGCUCUGGUCAAAAGUAGUGAACUACAUAGGGAAUAGGGUACCAUUUGGGAAGCAACCCAUGUGUCUAGGACAGCUCCAUGCUUUGGUGCCAUUAUGUCCAUAAUGGAGAAAUCCCAAGCAGAAAAAAAGUAUUCGAUGGUAGACACCGCUGAAUAUUCAGUAAUAUGGUAUCCCAUAUUACCAAAUAAUAGCAGAGAUAUCAAGUUUUAUAGCCCAAUGGUUGUGGCUCUGUGUUUUUAUUGUCAAACUUCUUGACUGCAAUUUGAACGUAUUAGGCCUUGGGUUAGUAGGAGUACUUUAAGUGUCAGCAAUUUGCUGUCUCUUUUAGUAGCUAGACCGGUUUUCGAUAGACGUAGCAUGCGUCCCAAAUGGCACCCUAUUCUCUGUGGGCUAUGGCCAAAAGUAGUGCACUAUAUAGGGAAUAGGAUGCCAUUUUGGUCGCAGCUGUAGCCAACGGAAGCUGAUGCAGUCUUGACUCCUUCCCUCAAUGCUGUCCUCUUGUUACCUCAUGAAGGAUGCUUUCCUUGAGAACUACCAGGGUAUCCCACGGUUACGCCAGGCAAUGUUGCACUCGGACUCUCUUGACCCGUGAGGUGGUUUCAAAGGCAUCAGAGAAAGAGGAAGGAAGAAGAGAGCUGUCUACAGUGUGGUCACCCCCUUCCUCUGUAUGGUAGCUUCCAUUUUGACCACAGAACAGCUUUCAGAGAAUUAGCAGUGACAGCUCAGCCCUCCCUCUGCAGACACAGCUACCAAGUUGACUACUUCCCUUUUGAAGUGGAAAUUUGAGCAUAUGGCGUGUGUCUGCGUACAUAUGUUUAGUGUGUAGGAGUGCAUUUCAUGUGUGUGUUGACCUUUUUGUUGAUAAUUUCCCAUUUAACUAGAGAACUGGAGUAUGGCUAUAUUGUGUGUGGACAUGUGCAUGUCUAUCUGUGCAGUGCGUCAAUUUGUAACCUCUCAUCUAUUUGUUCAGAAGCGUGUGAACAUCUUCAUAGUCAAACAUCUACAGUAUGUAUUUACAGAUGUGUGGACAUAACACUGAUGCACAUGUAACACGUGUGUGUCUGACUUACAGUCCACAAAGCUGAGGUCACGACUCCUGAAGGGAACAGUAGAUCACAUUAUAGGAGGAGCCCAGGAGAGCUGCAUCAUUGGUCUAUUGGGGAUCUCUCUCACACCAUCCCUCUCUUUCAUUUUCUGUCCCUUAACAUGAAGUGGUGUUCUCUUCCUCUCUCUCUCUCUUACCAGUCUCUCUCGGACUUGACACGUGUACGGUUUUCUGUUUCCGCCCCGUUCAGUGUUCCGUGUGCAUGUCUCUCCUCUCUCCUGAGGUGGCCCCUCGACACUCCAGCUGCUCCAGGUCUUUGAACCAGGGUGACCCGGCAUGGCUGGGAUAAUUGGAGGGGAGAGGAGAGCAGGAGGAGGAGCUGGAGAGGGGAACAACCAGAGGCACUACUGCCAGCCAAGCGGAGAGUGGUGAUACCAUAAGAAAGAGAGAGACUGAGAAGAGAUUGGGGGGGAAAGAGAGGGAGCAUAUAGAAAGGAGAAAGUAGAGGAGGAGGAGGGAGGAGGAAGAGGAGGGAAAACCAGAGGCAUUGCCAGGCUAACUAUGGUGAUGCUCAUACAAUUAGCAGAAAUUCAAAAUGAUCAAAGAGCCCACUCUGUAAAUGUCAUGUACUUGUAGUGCAUUGUUCCAAACUAUGUCUUAAAAUGAACAAAAUCAAAAAGGGUGAAUUUGAGAUAUUCAUAUUCAUAUUUUCAAUGUUGAAUAAAUGUGUUUCAGAGUCUAGGCAUACUCGAUAUGGAACAACCAGAACCACAGCCAGGCUAGCUAUAGCCUGAAUAUUCUCAGGAAUUCUCCUCUGAGAGAACAGAGAAGAGAGAGUAUAUAGGAAAGAGAUGAGAUGGGGAAGACAGAAGUUUUAUAGGAGAGAGUAGAUAGUGAAGCUCUAAGACUUGAGAUCCAGAGUAGGAUGCACAAGCUUUGUGUGAGUGGUCAUAUGAGGUCAAGGUUCCUCAUCACAUUCUGCUCAAUAUAGAUAUGUAUUUAAUUGCAUUAUCCCACACAUUCUAGCUCCCAGAACUGCCAUCCAUGAGGAACAUCUUGAGAGGACCAUUAUCUGUUUGCAGGCUUAUAUCAGUUUCAGUUUUUAACCUUGGAAAGAGGUUGUGAUUUGCUUUUUAAAUUUGAGAACUAGGAUUAUACUGGCACACUGCUGCACAAUCACAUUGUCAUUGAUCAGAAAAGAAUAGACAGUGGACCAUCAUUUCCCCCUAGUGGUAUAUCUGUCUCAUAUCAUCUAUGACUGAAGAGUCUUCAGUGGAUGUGACAUAUAUUCCCUCACAAUACACUGCUUUAUCAUACGUCUCAAAAUAAAUGUAUUUUGUGAUUGAAUACACGUUUUGGAUGUGUUUUCAAUUAUACCACAGUGCUGCAUUACAAUGUAACCUACCAAGACCCAAAGGAAAUCUGAAAUAUCUCCUUUACUCUUGAAGUUAUCUUAUUAACAUAUUUCUCUCUCUCUCCUUAUCCCCCCUCUCUCUCUCCCUCCAUGUUGUCUCUCUCCAGUCUGAGGCCCCUGGAUGUGGAGUUUAUGAGUCGUCUGAGUAAAGUGGUCAACAUAGUCCCUGUCAUCGCUAAGGCAGACACACUCACCCUGGAGGAGAGGGACUUCUUCAAACAGACGGUAAGGUGUGUGCACGUGCGUAAUGUGUAUACAUGCACGUGUGUGUACACAAAUAGCCUAUGCUUUUAAACUAGUCCCUUUUGCACUACAACAACCUGACCUUGGCUGGCAUUAGGCCUUUACAGCAGGGUAACACGAGGGUAAGAACACACACAGGCCGGUAUGAAGCCAUGCCAGGCAUUACAAACAGCAGCCAUCUGGAUGAACUACUGUACUCUGCCCAGUCUGGGGUGUAGCGGUAUGAAACCCUGGAACACUUACCAACUGAUGUUUUUAGCCAGAAAGGAGCAUUUUAAGAAGUUAUUUAUUUAAAGCACAGUAUUCCAGCUUUCUUUAAACCUCAGAGGCAGCUGUACUGUAGCAGGCUAGUCUCUUAUUAGCAAGAAGCUACUGGGUACAGGAGAUGGAGAAACCACCACAGGACCUCAGAUGAGGAGUUCCCCUCCAGAGUUUAGGGUAAGGGUUAUGCAGCACUUGGUAGAGUCUGUCUAGAAACUACUUGGUAGAGUCUGUCUAGAAACUACUUGGUAGAGUCUGUCUAGAAACUACUUGGUAGAGUCUGUCUAGAAACUACUUGGUAGAGUCUGUCUAGAAACUACUUGGUAGAGGCUGUCUAGAAACUACUUGGUAGAGGCUGUCUAGUAACUACAUGAUAGAUAGAGGUUGUCUAGAAACUACUUGGUAGAGCUGUCUAGAAACUACUUGGUAGAGUCUGUCUAGGAACUACUUGGUAGAGGCUGUCUAGGAACUACUUGGUAGAGGCUGUCUAGUAACUACUGAGUAGAGGUUGUCUAGUAACUACUUGGUAGAGACUGUCUAGGAACUACUUGGUAGAGGCUAUCUAGAACUACUUGGUAGAGGCUGUCUAGGAACUACUUGGUAGAGGCUGUCUAGGAACUACUUGGUAGAGGCUGUCUAGUAUCUAAUUGGUAGAGGCUGUCCAGUGGUGGUCCGUCUAGUAGCUACUCCUCCAUGAAAGAAAGCACAGCCAUUUCUGUUGAUGACUCAUGUCUAUGGUAUAGAGGCCAACUUCGAUGGAAUUCUCAGUUGCUGCUUUCUCUUCCUGCUGUGUCUUGAAAUCUGCACUAUACCAAGAUACACAGGCCUAAACGACCUGCUUGGCUUAGUUUAAAAAGGCCUCUGCACCCCCCUCUGUCCAGUGUGUGUUUGUUGGCCAGUGGUCAGUGUGGGAGAAGAAAGGAACACGCACACACACACACAUUCGAGGGACGCUAGUCUCCCUCUCUCUGGCCUCCUGCGACACAGCUUUAUUAAUUCUGGUGGAGGAAACACACUGGGCGACUUGGCUACCGUUUCCCCCGACAAUGGCCAAUGAGAACAAGGCAGAGCGAGGUGAAGCUCUGGGGCUUGUAACCCUGCUUGUUUUGGUUGGCUGCAUGGGCUGGGCAAUGUACGACCCUGGGAUUGUGAUCUUACUGUUUUUUUGACGUUUCUUUCUUGUUCUCUGUUCCCUGCAGCAGUUGACAUGCAAGCAAAGGGAACAAGCUUUUUAUUGUUUUACCCUCUGUGUCCAACAGUUAGUGCGGGCUUGCAUGUGUGUGCUCUGUUCAGGUUCCCCCGACUGUUGUAGGCUUAUAAUGUAGGCCUAAGGCUGAGAAAGUUAAAGUUUAAACUUUCCAAAAAGUAUAAACAGAGAAAUUUAGAAAACCUGUUCAUCAUCGACCGAGUGGAAACUGUCAAAGUAGUAAUUGUGAGCGGAACGGUCAUUAAUUUAAAGGCCAUCACCGCUGGCAGAAGUCAUUCUCACUCUCUCUUGUCUGUGUUCCAGUCAUUAUAAAGUCAUAGAAGAAGAAAGGCGGCCAUUUUGUAAACCUCAUUGUCUGGCUGUAUAUUUGUAUAAUAGUGGUUAACCUCCACAUUAACCCUCCAUGUUAGGGAACACUCUAGAUCAUUUAACAUCAAAACCAGCCUUAGCAGUGUUUAUGAUGGACUCAGAGUGAGCUACACUAGAAUUGUAGUCAGUCAUUUCCUAUUCUGUUAUAUUUUCAGUCAUGGUGACCUCAUACUGGUCUAACAAUCUGGCUAUCUGCAUGAAUAAUUUAUGUUUUUAUUGUUGGCAGUUAGCCAGUGAAAGUUGAGUUGGAAGAAUGAGUAAGCUUACUUACUGUUGAUGGAUUCUGAUGUGACACAAGUCUCAGGCAAGUCUUUCGCCUGGUGGUGAGUGAAAGGCUUUGUUUUGUGUUGUACUGGGCAGGACACACUCCUCCACCUCCAGGACUAGAUGACUUGGUGCUGUUCUACAGUACAUUGAUGUAACACUGCAACCUGGUGUUAGAUUGUGACGUGUUUCUGUUUUAUGUUUGUGCAGAUCAGGGAAGAGCUGCGAGCCAACGGGAUCGACGUCUACCCUCAGAAGGAGUUUGACGAGGACGCUGACGACAGGAUGACCAAUGAUAAGAUCAGGGUGGGUUUACAGUGUUGGAAAUACGCACACACUCACACACACCACUGACCGACCGACGCAUGGAUUCAUUAUAAAGCAUUGUUGGUCUUAAACCAUGUGUUGUGUGUGUCAUAGGAGAUGAUCCCAUUUGCUGUGGUGGGGAGCGACCAGGAGUACCAGGUCAAUGGAAAGAAGCUUCUGGGCAGAAAAACAAAGUGGGGCACCAUAGAAGGUAAUUCAACACACACACAUCCAUUACUAUCCCUGUCAAAUGAAUCAUGUAAAAUGGGUUGAAGCAGAUUUGCCAUUGCCUGAUUGGACUGCACAGUACAGUGGAUCAACCAUGCAUGUUACUGCUACCAGUACAUGUUUAAAUCCCAGCCAAAUGAUGUAGUCUUUUGUGUGACUAUGAGCAAGUGUUUCUCAUAUCCACGUUUCUCUGGUCUGUGACUAAAGACAUUUUUAAGUCACAGACACAAGGAGGAUCUACUGACCUGUCUGCAUCCAUAACACAGUGGGGGAAAUGUGCACAGACAAAGAUACUGUACCACACACACACACACACCAAUUCACAGUAACAACUUCCAUACAGUGUUUAUGUUUUUUGGACUGCACUGAGCACUCUUACUACCAAGAAGGGGGUCGUACCAAGUGAGUGUUCUUGACCCUGAAGGGGGGGGUGGCAUCUAAGGAAGGUGAUCAUGUGGAGGACAAAGAGAAGGAGGAGGUCUAGAGAGAGAGGGGGAAAGAGAGGAAUGUCACAGCUCCUGUUCACUGGAGGGCUGACUGUCUCCUUCCCAGAUUGCACCUGGCCCCUCCAGGGCCCCUCUUGGCCCUUGGUGAAUGCUCCUCUCAUCACUCCACACUUGUAGACAGACGGCUGAUGCACAGCAAUAUUAUUCUGGACCUCUGUUGCUGUUAGGUGUGUUCAAAGGACCAAACAACCAGUGAGCUUAGCAUACACAGCCUUCUAGUGUUCUAGUACUUAGGACCUGCUCUUGAACUGUCAAGGUGUCUUUAAAACACCCAUGGACUGUAAUUGAACUCUAAGACAAAGGUGUGUUUGUGAUAGCAUGGAUGUGAUAAAAGUGGGAAAUGUGGUUGUCCCCUGGCUGAGGGAACAAUGAAUCUAGCCCAGCCAGCUCAGGCAGUGGGAGAGAGGGAUGGAGGGAUGGAGGGAGGGAGGGAGGGAGGGAGGGAGGGAGGGAGGGAGGGAGGGAGGGAGGGAGAGGAAGCUGCUGGGCACGUCUCUACCGCUGCCCCAAUGUCAUUCCCUCUUUCACAUUCGCUACCGUUCUUCCUCCUCAUUCCAUUCCAUAACAGUCAUACAUAUCUAGAGGGCUGGUACCUAUACAGCAACAUAUAUAAAACGUGUCCGUCUCUGUGUGUUUGACAUGGGUUCUUGUGUUAAUCCCCUGUUUGUAAAGAGAGACCAGCCUGGUUUUAAAUUAAGGGAGACCUACCACCACAUUAAUCACUCACAGACUAUGGUGGUUACACAGCAGCACCCUCUUCUCCCCCCCUCCUCUCCCCUGCCCCUCCCUAGGAGGGAUGAAAUGUAAUUUCCUGCGCUGCGAUUUCACAUAAAUAGCUCUCCUUUUUCAUUUUGUGGACUUGACAUAAUCUAUCAUUCAAACAUGUGUUGGACCCUUUGUAGACUCCAGCAAAUUGUCAUGGAGAGUUUGUUAAACUGUCUGACUUGCUAAGGGGGCCUAGAUGUAUUAAAUUACUUGUAGUGGAGGGUGUAAUCUUGAUUUAAGAACAUUGCUGCAGAUGUCAAGUUAAAUGGGCAUCCUUGACCUGUCUUUGGCGCAACACUCCCAUCUUGUGGCAGAGUGUAGAAUAGCACACGGCAUUGAACUUGUUAUAAAUCAAAUAAAAAUGUAUUUGCCACAUGCCCCGAAUACAACAGGUGUAGACAUUACCGUGAAAUGCUUACUUACAGCCCUUAACCAACAAUGCAUUUAUUUUUUAAUAAAAAAGUAAAAUAAAACAACAACAACAAAAAAGUGUUGAGAAAAAAAGAGCAGAAGUAAAAUAAAAUAACAGUAGGGAGGCUAUAUACAGGGGGGUACCGGUGCAGAGUCAAUGUGCGGGGGCACCGGCUAGUUGAGGUAAUAUGUACAUGUGGGUAGAGUUAAAGUGACUAUGCAUAAAUAUACACACCUUGAUACACAAAAUAUUUGGUACGUGGGCUAUUGGAUUGAAUAUUAUUUAAGUAACUGUAAACAAAAAACACUUGCUGUUUAUCCUAUAGAAUGUAAAAAAAACAUCUUUUUUUUUCUUUUUGCAGUUGAGAACAUUGCACACUGCGAGUUUGCCUAUCUGCGAGACCUUCUCAUCAGGUGAAUAUUAACAGGGUUUUAAGUGAUGGGGAUAAUGAGUAAUUCACUUGUGAUUUAGGACUGUGUUUGAGCAGUGUUUUGAUGACGCUUGAUGUUUCUCUGGGUAACAUUUCUCACUAAAUCCCCAUCUUCGUUUCCUCUCUGUCAGGACCCACAUGCAGAACAUCAAGGACAUCACCAGUAGCAUCCACUAUGAGGUGUACCGCGUCCGCAGGCUAAAUGAGACCAACGCCCAGCCCAAUGGCCAGCCACUCAACACACUGGUCAACCCACAGCCACAGCAGGCCAAUGGGGUGGCAGCACAGCACCAAGUCCUGACCCAUGAGAUGUAGACGUCUGACCACCUGCAGAAACACACACACAGACACACACACACACGUGUGUAUAUAUAUAUAUAUAUAUAUAUAUAUAAAAUGGCUGGCAUACUGUGACACACACCACAUGCAAACACACCUCGUGACACACAUGUGACACACACACACAUCCACACACACCAACACCCAUCAAAACUGGCUGACAUAAACUGUAUACACUCCAAAGAGGGUACCAAUAACAAUUCUUACAUGGUCCAACUGCCAAACAGAGUUUCUGUUACCUGACAUUUCUAGUGUAGGUAGUUGUAGGUCAGAGCUGUUGGGUAAACAGUACAAGAUGUCCCCUAGGGAGAUGGGAUGCCACAAUAGUAUAGCAUACAGAUGUGUACAGAACAGCUAUCUAAGUAUAGCACAUCAUCAUUUAGCUAAACUAGAAAUAACUGGUCAAAUUACCUGUUCUACGUGUGUGUUGUGCUGUAUAGUGUUGUCUAGAUAUUGGAGAUAUUGGAGAUAGGGGUGGGUAGGGUUUAGGUUUUUGUAUAUUUUGACACAUCUGCACUGCCCAGAAAAGCAGCAAUGCAGUGUGGAGCAGCUUUGAAAUCCCUUUCUUUUUCAAUUGUGUUUUCAUAUCUUUAAGACCUCUUGCCAAACCAUCCUGUCAAUAUGCCAAUGUCAUAUGUUGUUAAACGUAUCAUGUUCAUACAUACAGUGCAUUUUACAUUUACUGUUGUGUUAUAAUAUUGUAUUGUUUAUUAUCUGGAUGGUGGGGAUGUAGGGAACAGACAUCCCUAUGCUACCGGACCUUUCUCUAAACCAAAUAAAUGCCAUUUCUGUUUUAAAGAGAAGCAAAUAUAUAGAAUUGAUUUACAAAUAGAUAUUUAUGCUUGUUAUGUACUCACUUUUUAAUUGAGUUUGAUAUUCAUAUAGCCUACCAGUCGGCCUACACACGCCCGUUGUUCUCAGAGAGUAGUUGUACCAGAGAGGAUAGAAAAUCUAUAGAGACCCUCUUUGGUUGUAUUUGUUUGCCAUCAUGCUUUGUCUCCCCUGUAUUUAUAGAGAAUUGUAUGAAUCUAGAUUUAUGUUCUGUCUUUUUGGACAUGAUACAGAAUAGGACUACAGGUAGGUUGAAUAUGUAGCCUACAUACACAGCUUGAAAUAAUAUUUAGUUCCCCGACAGUUUUGCAUUCCCGGUGUAGUCAAUGUAUAACUCCCUUAGCUUCCCUACUAAACGUUUAUUCCAAAAAGUCAUAAAUGUGCCAUUCAGCCAAACACAAUUCUUCACUCAGCCAAAAACUAAUGGACAGAGGUCAAAACCAAGAGUACUAUUCAUUCAGCAAUGUAUCUUACAUAACAUCAAAAAUUACAAAAGGUAAUACGUUUACUGUUGUAUAGUUAUUGUGUAAUUUGUUAUAGUAUGAUGAGAGUAUGGUUUAUCUUUGAUAUGCUAUGUCAUAGAAAUAAAGAUUGAUAUUUUUAUUGUUUACAAUUAUGUCUUGAUUGCCAAUCCGUUUCACCUGUGCAGGUGACUCCUCUUAACCAAUCACAAAAGCCCCUAGGUGAUUCAGCCAGAGAUGUCUGACUGUCUGGACCCAGCAGGCUUCAAAGGCUACCAGUGCUCUGUAGAACAAUGUUUACGCCUGGCCGCUAUCCUGACUCAUAAAAGGAAGGCAAUGCUUUCUAUAAAAGUUUGAUGCCCCAAUGUCAUUCCCUCUUUCACAUUCGCUACCGUUCUUCCUCCUCAUUCCAUUCCAUAACAGUCAUACAUAUCUAGAGGGCUGGUACCUAUACAGCAACAUAUAUAAAACGUGUCCGUCUCUGUGUGUUUGACAUGGGUUCUUGUGUUAAUCCCCUGUUUGUAAAGAGAGACCAGCCUGGUUUUAAAUUAAGGGAGACCUACCACCACAUUAAUCACUCACAGACUAUGGUGGUUACACAGCAGCACCCUCUUCUCCCCCCCUCCUCUCCCCCGCCCAUUUAUUGGAUCUUCAAAUGCCAACGUUUUUCAUGUCUACAAGCUCAUGGCCAAGGGCCCAUAGACCUGGGGACCCCAAGGGGUGAACUUUUUGGGUUUUGCCCUAGCACUACACAGCUGUAUUAUUGGAGAACACAGACGUCACAUAACCCAGCAGAUGGCACAGGGGGAGCUGGCUGGCACUGUCGUGGUACCCAGGGACGGGAUGGCUAAAGCUUGAACUUUAAUAUCAUCAUUAGUGCCUAUUUGUACCCUGUCUCUCAGUUUUCAGAGAGGCUGCCUGCACAGUAGGGCAGUGGUUCUCAAACCUCUCCUCGGGGACCCCCAGCCGUUCCAUGUAUUUGAUCUAUUCCACAGCUAGCACACCUGAUUCAACUUGUCAACUAAUCAUCAAGCCCUUGACUAGUAGGUGAAUCAGGUGAGUUAGUUCAGGGCUACAACAAAAUUGUGAAACAUCUUGGGGUACCCAAGGAGAGGUUUGAGAACCACUGCAGUAGGGGACCUUACUCCACCUCCUAGUGACAAACACACAGUCACACGUGUGUACACACAUACCCCCAACACACAUUGCAGCCAGCUACAGAUACACACACAACAUUUUACAGCUUCCCAUCAUUGUUCACCAAAUGCUCUUCUGGGGAACGCAACAGCCUGAAUCCAAACAAAAUAAAUGGCUAUUGUAAGGCAUGACAAGUUGAAUAUAUAUCUUCAGAUUUAUACGACGCUAGGGAGCGGAUGUGUUUUGUAAGCUGCUCUGUGUGAUUUACUCUUCUCUGCAGGUUGUUGGCUCAGUUUGAUCCCUCUGGAAUCUUCAAUUUUAGCAGGUUGUUGGCUCGGUUUGAUCCCUCGGGGAUCUGGAAUCUUCCAUUUUAGUAGGUUAAAGGGGGGGGGGGGGGGGUCUGAGUCAUUUCAUUCAAAAGAGUGAGAUGGAAAAUAUUUAUCAUAAUGUUUGUCAGCAUGGAGCUCUCCUAUUUAAAAUGUUCCUUUACAAUGUUCCAUGCUGACAAAGCAUCAGUUAAAACGGGUUCCUCCAAAAUCAUGUCACAGAACCCUGACUAACUGGUCUCUCUCUCUCCUAUUGCCUCAUCAGGGUCAGAGGUCAAUCCGAGCCACAGUAACCGAGCCACAAUGUCCAUCCCACCACAUUCGCACCCUGCCAUCACAUGGCGCUGGCGACUUCAGCUACUUGGGCAUCGAUACCGCCCUGGAGCAGAUGAGGAAGAAAGCCAUGAAACAGGGCUUUGAGCUCAACAUCAUGGUUGUUGCUGAGAGGCAUUUAAUAUGCAUGUAGACAUACACACACUCCAGCUUGUUCUUCAAUACUAGCAUGAAACCCCAUUGGGGAACCCUUACCCCGAGUGCCCCUGAGAUUGGUACACACUACACAUAGUGGCAUGCAUCCUUCAGUAGAUAAAAGAAAGCUGUCAGGCAGAGAGAUGGAGUAGUAAUGAUGCCCAUACUGUAACAAGCUGAAGCACACUCUCGUUAAGAGAACAUCAACAGCUCAAAAGGGCCAAUUAAAUGCCACCACCAAAUCUGUGCCCUUUCUUCACACACACACACCACCAGAGACACACACACACACCACACACACCAGAAACAAACACACAUGACACACAACACACAGGGGGACACACCACACACAACAUACCACCACACACACAGAAACACACACACACCCACACACACACACACACCAAUACACACAACACAACACAGAAACAUAGGGGCUCAUAAACACACCUCUACACACACAUGCCUUUAGAAAUAGUGUGGGCUCAUCGUGCAGCGUGGUGUUGUAUGCGCUCGGGGCCGCGCGAAGCGGUCGCAGUGAUUGUAUGACCGGGAUCUCAACUAUAUUAUUCAUUUUCUUUUCUUGGAGCGAAUGGUCAGGGGCCAAACAUUAUUAAAAAUAAUUUGUAGACUGCAAAUUACUGCAAGAAGCCCAAACUGGAAUAUAACCUUUGAACUAAAAAACAUUAAUUUCCAAAACCUUGCUUAACAUUUGUAUACCUAUCGCAAUAUAUUCUUUAGGGGUGGGAGGGGCCAAGAGACCAAAGGGAGUGUGCCAGAACCGAGUAACUCUGGUUGGGGGUGUAGGGUUUGAGCAUAGCCCUGAAGAGUAGGGAGGGGCAGUUCCUCUUGCUGCUCCAUAGGCAAUUACCAGGGUCUUGAAGUCGAUGCGAACUUCGACUGGAAGCCAGUGGAGUGUGUGGAGGAUCGGGGUGACAAGGGAGAACUUAGUUAGGUUGAACACCAGGUGGGCUGCAGCGUUCUGGCGUUAAGUUGCAGGGGUUUUAUGGCACAAGCGGGGAGCCCAGCCAACAGAGUUUCAGUAAUCCAAACAGGAGAUGACAGGUGCCUGGAUUAGGACCUGCGUCGCUUUCUGUGUGAAAAAAGGUUGUACUUUACGGAUGUUGUAGAUCAUGAAACUGCGGGAGCGAGUCACUGCUUUGAUGUUUGCAGGGAAUGACAGAUUGUUGUCCAUGGUCACGCCAAAGGUCUUUGAACUCUGGGAGGGGGACCCCAUGGAGUCAACUGUGAAGGAGAGGUCUUGGAGUGGGCAGGCCUUCACCCGGAGGAAGAGCAGCUCCGUCUUGUCGAGGUUGAGGUGGUGGGCAGACUUCCAAGCUGAGAUGUCUGCCAGGCACUCAGAGAUGCAUGUCACCACCUGGGUGUCAGAAGGUUUGGGAAGGAGAAAAGUGGUUGCGUGUCAUCUGCAUAGCAAUGAUAGGUGAGACUGUGAGGCUGUGAUGGAGCCGAGUGACUUGGUAUUUAGAGGAGAGGGCCUAGAACCUAGCCCUGGGGGACACCGGUAGUGAGCGCAUGUGGUGCAGACACAGAUCCUCUCCACGUCACCUGGUAGGAGCGACCUGCCAGGUAGGAUGCAAUCCAAGAGUGUGCAGAGCCUGAGCCAGCAGAUGGAUCUAGGGGGAUGAGAACACACUGAGAUGUGAUUGAAGCAACAAAGAGCAUGUUGAAAGACCUUAAGUCUUUCUUCCCUGCUUAGAUAUCACUCAGUGUUUUAAGUUUCAAGUUUUAAUGUGUGGAGUCAGUAUAAAUGUGUGUGCAUGUUGUGUCAAUUCAGAUAGUCCUCAUAGCCAUUCUGUUAGCUAUUUAGCAGUCUUAUGGCCUGGGGAUAGAAGCUGUUUAGGAGCCUGUUGGUGUCAGACUUGAUACAACGGUUAUUUAUGUGUGGCGUGGUGAUGGUGUAGAGUAGAGCGCAUACACAGACACACACACCACACACACACACACACACACACACACAACACACACACACGGUGUGUUUGUAUAUGAGCCCUGCGGGAGUGUGUUUUGUAUACAUACUAGAUGUCAUAGUGGUUCUGAGGAGAUCCUAAACCAUUACAAACAGUGUUUGGGGAAUGUCAAUGAAGACCUAUCUGGGCAAGGUCAAAAAGUAUUAAUUUCUCUCAUUGCUAUCAUGUAUGAACUCGGAAGAUCAUGUGUGUGUGUGUGUGUGUGUGUGUGUGUGUGUGGUGUGUGUGUGUGGUGUUGUGUGUGUGUGUGUGUGUGUAUGUGUGCGUGUCCGUCCAGACCUAUAGCAAACUAAGCCCCUGGGUGUGGUUGUCCCUAACAGGCCAGAGUGGUCUGGGGAAGUCGACCCUGAUGAACACCCUGUUCAAGUCUAAG